AGGGGAGCGGAGGAGGAGGAGGAGGAGGAGGAGGAGGAGGAGGAGGAGGAGGAGGAGGAGGAGGAGGAGGAGGAGGAGAGGGAGGCCGCGGAGGAGUGCGCGGGAGGUGCAGGAUGCCGUCGCCGCCGCUGCCGCUGCCGCCCGCCGACCCGGGGCGAGCCUGACUCCGGACCCGAGGAUGGAGCCUGCGCUGGGCGCUGCGGCGGCUCCCAAGGCGCCCCCGACCAGUUUCAGGUAGCCUUUCUCUGUCGGGCGUGGUUGGUGGAAGACCCUCCCCCGCCCCGGCUGUCGUUUCCCGCAGGGCCCAGCAUCCGGGCUGUUGCCACUGAGCUGCCACCCGCCCCCCUGGAGGUGUGAGUUUGCUGGCCACAGAGCUGCUGCACAGGAGACCUGGCGGCUGUGGACUCCCCAGCUCGGAGCAGCCCCUCUUUGAGCUCGAAAGGGGGAGAAGCAGCCCCAUGACGGUGCCCAGCCAUGCAAUGUUCCUGGAAGGCCGUCCUCCUCCUCGCCCUGGCCUCCAUCGCCAUCCAGUACACGGCCAUCCGCACGUUCACAGCCAAGUCCUUGCACACCUGCCCGGGGCUGGCCGAGGCGGGCCUGGCCGAGCGGCUGUGCGAGGAGGGCCCCACCUUCCCCUACAACCUCUCCCGCAAGACCCACAUCCUCAUCCUGGCCACCACGCGCAGCGGCUCCUCCUUCGUGGGCCAGCUCUUCAACCAGCACCUGGACGUCUUCUACCUGUUCGAACCCCUCUACCACGUGCAGAACACGCUCAUCCCCCGCUUCACGCAGGGCCGGAGCCCCGCCGACCGGCGGGUCAUGCUGGGCGCCAGCCGGGACCUCCUGAGGAGCCUCUACGACUGUGACCUCCACUUCCUGGAGAACUACAUCAAGCCGCCGCCCGUCAACCACACCACCGACAGGGUCUUCCGACGGGGGGCCAGCCGGGUGCUGUGCUCCCGGCCCGUGUGCGACCCGCCAGCAGGCUCCCCGGACCCGGUGCUGGAGGAAGGCGACUGCGUGCGCAAGUGCGGCCUGCUGAACCUGACCGUGGCCGCCGAGGCCUGCCGGGAGCGCAGCCACGUGGCCAUCAAGACGGUGCGGGUGCCCGAGGUGAACGACCUGCGGGCCCUGGUGGAAGACCCCCGGCUGAACCUCAAGGUCAUCCAGCUGGUCCGGGACCCGCGGGGCAUCCUGGCCUCCCGCAGCGAGACCUUCCGGGACACCUACCGGCUCUGGCGGCUCUGGUACGGCACCGGCAGGAAGCCCUACAACCUGGACGUGACCCAGCUGACCACAGUGUGUGAGGACUUCUCCAACUCCGUAUCCACGGGCCUCACGCGGCCCGCGUGGCUCAAGGGCAAGUACAUGCUGGUGCGCUACGAGGACCUGGCCAGGAACCCCAUGAAGAAGACGGAGGAGAUCUACGGGUUCCUGGGCAUCCCCCUGGACAGCCACGUGGCCCGCUGGAUCCAGAACAACACGCAGGGUGACCCGGCCCUGGGCAAGCACAAGUACGGCACGGUGCGCAACUCGGCGGCCACGGCCGAGAAGUGGCGCUUCCGCCUCUCCUAUGACAUCGUGGCCUUUGCCCAGAACGCCUGCCAGCGGGUGCUGGCGCAGCUGGGCUACCGCAUGGCCGCCUCGGAGGAGGAGCUCAAGAACCCCUCCAUCAGCCUGGUGGAGGAGCGAGACUUCCGCCCUUUCUCGUGACGGGGGGCUCGUGGGUGGGAGGGUGAGGGGCUCACGGUGUCGGUUUUGAUAAAAUGGACCGUUUUUUAACUGUUGCCUUAUUUCCCCCUCCCUCUUCCACCCCUGUCUUCGUGUCCUUCCUGCCCCUUGUCCAUUUCCCCUCUCCUCCCCCCCCCCCCCCCCCACUUCCUCUGCCUUGUUUGUCUCUCAAAUUUGCACUAUGUCUUGGACAGGAAUCACUGGGGCAGAGGGGAGUGAAGUGGGGAACAGCCCACCGCCCACCCCACCCUAUUCAGACACACGGAUGUUGGGUCUCUGUGUGGAUGGUGACAAUGUUUACAAGCACCACACUCACACAUUCACAUAUGUGCACACAUACACACAGGCGCCCACCAGGAGAGACACCCCAAACCACACAGCUUCUGAAACUUCUGAAUGGAUAAGUGGUCAGGGCAUGGUAGUUUUUGCACUCUCACUUCUGCAAGGUGAGAGGUCAAUAACAAAAGGCCACCGCUCUCUAAUUUAUGAAUGGUGUCUGUCCCUCCUCAACCCACUUCCUGCCCCCAAUGCCCACUGCCCCCCUUUGGAGCAUAGAAACUGCCCCCCCUCCUGCCUACCCUUGCUUGUCGGUGAGCAGGUUUUUACUGUGAGGUGAAUGUGGACCUUGUUUAUUUUUUCCAGACUGUGGCGAUGCUGUCUGUCUGUCUGUCUGUCUGAGUCUUGUGGCUGCCCCUGGACCAGUCAUGGCUGAUAAAUCUUAUGGGUUUCUGAUUGAUCUUGGGGUCCACCUGUGAUAUUUCUUUGUGCCAAAAAGAAAAAAAGAAAAAAAAAAAAAGACUGGAUCAGUUUGCUAAAUGAACAUUGAAAUGCUUUAUCUGUGAUUUCUGUAAAUAAACGAGUGCAAUAAUG